CCGGCAUCCCAAACGGAAGGUGGUAGUCGCUGCCGGAGCUUGUUUGAAACUGGUGGUCGGGCUCGGCGGAGUGUGUGUGUAGCAGAGGAGUCGCUGGAGGGCUAGGCCGUUCCGGAGCGCCCCGGCCCCGCCUCCUCUCGGACUCGCUGACCCAAGCCGGGCUCCCCGCCCGUCUCGUGCCCGAGCCCGCCGCCUCUCCGGCCGGCUUUGCGGCCCAGCCGCCACCAUGUCCCUGCACGGCAAACGGAAGGAGAUCUACAAAUAUGAAGCGCCCUGGACUGUCUACGCCAUGAACUGGAGCGUGCGGCCCGACAAGCGCUUUCGCCUGGCGCUGGGCAGCUUCGUGGAGGAGUACAACAACAAGGUUCAGCUUGUUGGUUUAGAUGAAGAGAGUUCAGAGUUUAUUUGCCGAAACACCUUUGACCACCCAUACCCCACCACAAAACUCAUGUGGAUUCCUGACACAAAAGGCGUCUAUCCAGACCUUCUGGCAACGAGUGGUGACUAUCUCCGAGUGUGGAGGGUUGGUGAGACAGAGACUAGGCUGGAGUGCUUGCUAAACAAUAACAAGAACUCAGACUUCUGUGCUCCCCUGACCUCCUUUGACUGGAACGAGGUGGAUCCUUAUCUUUUAGGGACCUCAAGCAUUGACACAACCUGCACCAUCUGGGGACUGGAGACCGGGCAGGUGCUGGGACGAGUGAACCUCGUGUCCGGCCACGUGAAGACCCAGCUGAUUGCCCAUGACAAAGAGGUAAUGGUGUUUCCUCUCCUCCUUUUCUGCAGGUGCUUUCUGUACCUGUGGGUGAGAGGUCGCCCUGUUCUCUCACUGUUUUGCAGGAUAUGUAGAUCAUAAUGUCAACAUGUGUCU